GAAAAACAGGGUUGACAAACCGCUUCUUUGUCAAUCGAAAUUCAAAUUUUAGCAGCGGUUCACUGUCGAUCGGCGCCGUUUAACGAACAACACCGAUUUAUCUUAGGUCAAAUUCAAUGUCAAGUCUUCUGCAAAAGUAGAAAGAAGUUUUGCACGUUUCCCGUACAAAGGCUGCCUGUAUGGAUGGAGUGAGUGUCAAAGCAGUUGAGAAUCAUGAGAGGGAGCCAUGUAAGGAGAAUGUACGAGAGGAGGUUGUGCAUGAUGUUUCAGCUAAGGAUUCCAAGUUAAAGUAUAAACGUGGUUGUGAUCGUGGUCACAUGGCGUGUGUUGAGAACUUUUGGGAGGAGGCCUGGAAAUAUCGUGAUGUGGAUGUCAUUCUAUUUAAUCUUGACCCGGAUAAUGAUGAUCUUUUGGACAAGGAUGAAACUAUGGAGCUGCUCGAGGCCAGUUUAUUGGAAAUGGAAGAGGAGGAAGAAAUGGAGCAGAGAGCAAAACUGACUAAAUGUGGUAGCAGUGAGAAAGUUGAAGUUUAAUACUGUAUGAAUGACUCUACAUUGUCGCUCAAUAAGUUAAGAAUUGUGUUUGAUUGCUUGAAGAAGAGUACUAGUUACUCCACCCGUGCGUUGCACGGGAGUUCAGUAUAUUAUAAUAUUUUAAAUGCAAUUAUAUGGGGAAAAAAGUUUGAGAGUAAUCCAAUAAACUCAAAACAAUAAAUAGAUUACAAAGUAAGAUAUAUGUCAUUAUAAUAGCAAACUAAAAAGGUGUACAUGUAAGCCUGUUACAUGGUAAAAUUCACGUCUCUAAUUUUCACAGCCUAAUCGGGAAGGCCGUAAAAAAAUAUUAGUAUGUAACAUCAACUCGUUGGACUUGUUACUCACGGUACCAUCGCCACAUACCCCUUUUGAUGUGAGACAAGAGGGAGGUGGGAGGAAGCUAUCAAGGUACCAUGAG